UCACUGUUAUUGAUGGCAUUUGGCCAAUAAGUUACUGAUCAUAUAAUCAUAUAUCAGCAUUGCAAAAUAUUUGCAGAAAAUAUGGGUAUCACUAUUUAAAGGAAAUAUUAUUGAUUAUACUACGGGGCUGUUAAAUGCUUUAUUCUGAUUGGUUGAGAAAUGUUCCACAUAGAUUAUUUUUCUAUAACCACACACCUGAUCUGUCAAAUGUCUUCAAAUAAUCGCCAGAGCAAUCUCUGUGGUAUAAGAGGAGUAAUUGACUCCGGUCCUUUGAAUUAUUUGAAAAUAAUGCACACCGGUGUACUUGGGUGUGCAUUAUUUUCGAAUAAUUCAACGGCCCGUUGUUAAUUAUUCCUUACUUUAGUUACAGUGUUUUUCUGCUGAAAAGCACAGCUACAUUCAGUGAGUUUGUUGGGUCAUGGCCCUCUCAUCAGUUCUUCCGGUUUGGACACGUGAAUGGGAUGAAGAGCAGGUGCAGGACGAGUUUACCUCUGCAGCUGUAUUGAGGGGAGCAUUGGUGGCCCUGCAGCCCAUUGUUGAGCGAGUUUUUGGGGUGACACUGAAUAUCGACGGAGGUGAAGACACGUUCUCUCAGGAUGGACAGAUUUGGCUACGUUUACGCGGGGUCGGCAAAGAUGUGCGGGCAGCAAAGCUUUUUGUGAAAGGUGUCGUGAAUCAGGAGGCACAGCAGGAGUUUCAGUUUCCUGAAGCCCUUCACUGUGUGUUCUGUGGUGCUAAAGGCCUGUUCAUGGAUUGCCUGAUUAAAAAUACCUCGGCACAUUUAGUGGUGGGAUCUCAAGGCUGUCUCCUCAUCACUGGGCUGGCCGAACCGGUGGUGAAAGCGUACUCGUUCAUUACAGAUCUGGUAGAGAAGUACAAGAGCAGCCAGGGCCGACGUCCCGAGACCGCAAGCGAAUCCUUGGAUUCGCGCCGGUACUUUAAGUGCAUGGUGGAAAGCCUGGAGGAUCGUCACACGCUUGAUCUGCUGGUGUUACCCAUGAUAGUGAAAGAGGCUUUGUUAGAUUUGGUGAAGGAGGCUGGACUGACUGGACAGAGAGGCCAUGAAACUCUUAGGCCAUUAGAAAGUCAUCAGAGGUCUGCCAAUGAAGUUACGCUCAGAGAGUCUGAGGAACGUAAACCUGCGGAAAGGCCCGUCUACCAAAACACGAUGUGCACAAACCCACAUUCCCAAAGUUCAAGUCUUAUUUCACAAUCUGGCCAUCACAGAGCUAAUGGCAUGGAUGAUUCGUUAACAAGAAUGAUAGAUUUUAGAGGAAAAUUUUCCAACAGUGUCGUCCCGGUCUCAGUGCACAAAAAUCUCCUGGAGAACCCAGAGGAACUGGAACGAAGUUCACCGCAAGAAGAUGAAUCAGAAAUGCCUCCACGAGAGACUGAUCUAUCAUCUGAAGGGAGCAGAGAUGUGCACCUUAUCGAGUUUUUCACAGCUAUGGGCUUUACGAAGGAGGUGGUACAGCAGGUUCUGGACCGCACCGGCCCCAAAGAAGCAUCGCAGCUUUUAGAUUUAAUAGAGCAAGAACAGGACAAAACUGUCGGGCAAAGAGGAAACUCUAACACGGAGACCCAGACUAAAGACCACGUGGCUGUGAGCGGCGGAGAAACGACCAGUGCAGGAGAACUGAGCGCUAAAGACAACGAUGACUUUGUCCUGGGUGUGUUAAAGAAGGCGGCAGCCACCUGUGGAUAUACAGAAGAGAGAGUUGAGCAGGUGUACAGCAGCCUGCAUGAACCAAACCCACACGAGCUACUGACUGAACUUCAGAGACAGGAGCUCAAACUCACCGACGAGAUCCGAGGCGGUGAUACAAGAGCAGACAGAUGGACCGGGGCAAAUUCAGCGACAAAUGCGGAAAAACACGACACCGGAGAAGGAAAGAAAACCACACAGACAGUGACGCAACCGGAAGCAUCAAAGUGGGCCGACGUUACACCGCAGUCAUCCGCGGCCUCCGGAAACCAGCAACCGCUUCAUAGCGGCCUUCUGUCAGUGAGAGGUCCACCACAACCGACAUAUGUCUCGAGAACAGAUCUCGAAACCUUGAACGUACGUGACGUCGGCUCCAACAGACAACCAAUGAAUUCACAAUUCCGACCUUCUGGUUCACAUCCACAUCUCAGUUCCCAUAAAGGACCAAAGAUCUCCAGCUUUCAGCACCGGGACAUGCAGACCAAACAGAAACCAGCGAGAGCACUGGCAGAAGCUUCAGCCGUAGUUACUGGACGUCAGAGAUUCCUCGAGAGCCUCAAGACGCCCUUUAAACUCGAGCUGUCGGACGACCCCGGUGAUGCCAUGCUGCGUCAGAUCAUCAUUGAUGGAAGCAACGUUGCUAUGAGUCAUGGAUUGGGAUUUUUCUUCUCCUGUCGAGGCAUCGCUCUGGCCGUGCAGCACUUUUGGGGAAGAGGUCAUCGAAAAAUCACAGUUUUUGUCCCUCAGUGGAGACAAAAUAAAGAUUUGAAGCAUAUAGAGCAGCAUUACAUGAUUGAACUACAGGAUUUGGGUUUGCUGUCGUUCACUCCGUCCAGAGAGGUGGAGGGCAAAAGAAUAAACUCAUAUGAUGACAGGUUUUUGCUUAACUUGGCUCAGCAGACAAAUGGAGUUAUUGUGACCAAUGACAACUUGAGAGAUCUGGUGGAGGAAUCUCCUGCAUGGAGAGAUAUCAUAAAGAGAAGUUUACUACAGUAUUGCUUUGCUGGGGAUCUAUUCAUGUUACCCGAUGACCCAUUGGGCCGUGGUGGACCACACCUGAAUGACUUCUUGCAUACAAAGAAGAGUAGUUCACCGGCUGCAGGUAGUCACACAUUUGCAGGUGUGACUCUUUCUCCUCCCUCUCCCGCCGCCCCGCGUCCUCACACUGAAGUACUGCAAUAUCGAGAUGUGACGCGCGGGGGUCACCACAGCAGAGGUCAGAGGUCGAUCAGAUCAGGUGAGGGACGAGGUCACGUUGAGGACGUGAGGACGCCAGAGGAAACGCUACAGCUGAGACAGAGAUUGGCACAGAUCUUUCCAGAUCAGGAAAGUGUUAUUAUCAUGACAUUACAGUCUUACCCGUCAAUCAGAGACAUCAACCAACUCUCUGACUUCAUACUGAUGUAAACUGAAGGCGAAAAUACACACGUUGUAAAGAAAUGCAGCAACAUAUUUUUUUAUGUUAUUUAAACUUAAAAAAAAUCUCUUAAACAAUUUCAAGUUGUUUUUAUAAGUUAUGUCACCUUAUCAGGUAAAAACUUAAAACAGUAGGUUGAAUUGACUUGCAAAACCAAGUUGUUUUAACUUCAUGCCGCAUUUAUUUUUUUACAUCCAUCUGUGAUACAGUAAUACAGUGUAAGAUGAGACUACUGACAAAACUAGCUGCAUUUCCAUUAAAGAUUUGUGCAAAACUUUUCCUAAAACUACUGCGAAAUGACAGUGUUUUCAUGAACCGAUGUUGUGUCACUAAAACGUAAUUUUGUUGUCGGGGAUAAGUUUUUCCAAAAACCAUAGUCAUGGGUGAUGAAUUUGCAAAUAAAUGUUUACGCUCGCUUGAGGUGGUGUUUGACUUAAAGAGUAAAUGUGAAUAAUGGAGAUAGAAACGCAUUUGCUAAAUAAAUUCUGAUGUAGUGAACAUUAAACCCACAUGACUGAUGGUGUAGCAGCUGUAUCAGCUGAUGUUGUCUUUAUUAUAUAUGAGGCUUGACAUCGUCGUAAUGCCUACAUCAAAAACUCUGCAUUCCUUCUUCUGUUCACAGCAUUCAGUUUGACGAUUACAAGCUGCACUGAUAGUAAAUUUAUAACUUACCCAAUCAUAACUAAAUGCAGUCCUGUCUCCAUUUUUUUAAGCGUGCCUUGUUUAAUUUACUGUUGGUUACUAGGUUGACAAUACCACCGUCAUUCACUCAAACAACUUGAUGGAACGCACUUAAUUCACAUUUGUUUAUUUUUCUUUUUUUUGCGGAUUUUGUUUGGAUGGAUAUCCGCCUACUGUAUUGUGAUGUCAUCCACAUGAUGGUUCUUGUGACAUCACAUGAAGUCCUCUUCUGUCCUGUCCUCCAAUCAAACAUACCGUGCCAUACUUAAAAAACAAUCAUGUGACUUUUAUGCACAUCGGACAUUUUACAUUGCAUAUGUUCCUUUUUUCUAAAAAAAAAAAAAAAACCUUCACCCAAGAUAAAAACUAUUGCGAUAUAUUGAAGUUUAUUCGGACUUGCCGUGUUUAAAUUGGGUGCAUUUUCAAUUUGUUAUUAUAAUUUGCACAAUUUGCAGGUAAUGGAAACGCAGCUACUGUAAACACUAAUGCUUACAAAUACAGUACUGGUCAAAAGUGAUGUCCAACUUUAGGAAAUGAACUCUGAUAUAAUUAUAUUAUUAUUAAAGGUGUUUGUGUGGUGUGUGGUUGUGUUUGGAGUGUAAAACAAAACUCACCUUGGCAAGGAGGCAAAAAAUCAUACAACACAUGAGCAAAGCUUAUUGAGAAUAAUCACUGUCAUUUAAAACAAAAUAUAAUAUUUAAAAUUUUAUAUAUAUAUAAAAUAAAAGAUAAAACUUUCUAUGCAUUUAUUACAUCUGACAAGUCCUAUAACCUGUAUUGUUGAACUUUUCUCUCAACUUUGUCAAAUAAAUACAUUAACCAUGUUAAGUGGGUUCUCUAGUAUCAUACAGAUGAUAUUUGUUUUAUGAUGUUUUAAACAAACCUGAGGACACAUUAUAAGCAAAUAUUGUAUAAAUAUAAUCUCUGGACAUCACUUUUGUUCACUUGUGUAUGUGGUUCAUGGAAAUAACUGAAUAAUGACUAUCAAUGAAUUAAACGUACAACCAUAACAUCUGUAUAUCAUCACACACAUAAUGAUGAUCCAUUUUUAACCAGUCUAAACCAUUACAAGAGUUUAAAUACUCAUGAUGUUUCUCUGUUAUUUUAAAGCCUUGGGUUAUAAUCUUGUGCUUUUUAUUUCUCAGAUAAAGAUGAUGUCAUGCGGAUAUAGGGAUAAAGAAAACUACAACAAAUAUUAAAGUAACAGCAAAAUAAUAAAUGAACGGGAUUGUUUUAAUGUAAAAUAUUCAUUGACCACAAAAUUACUCCACUGACUAAAUGAAUGUGUAUGUAAGACACAAAUUAAGUAAACUCAAAACAAUAAAAUAAUUUAAGUAACUUAUAA